AUGUCUCGUGCUCAGGUCCAGAAGGCUCCGGGUGGUAGCUGCGUUGUCAUGAAGGCUCCCGGUGGCGGCUGUGUUGUCAUGAAGGCUCCCGGCGGCGGCUGUGUUGUCAUGAAAGCUCCUGGCGGCGGUUGCGUUGUCAUGAAGGCUGCUGAACACUAA